CACACACACACACACACACACACACAGCGCAGUGAGAGUGAGAGAAGCGCUGGCCGAGAAGCGCAGUCAUAAAAAUACAGUACAAUCUGUCUCACAGCCUGUUUCUCCCUGAUUCGAUCACGCGCUCAGUAAAUUCACGCAUCUCUUUACCAAGUUCAUUAUAGUUCUCUAUUUACUCUUAUUCCAACAUGAUAAAGUGCACUGGAAUAUUCUCCUGCGGUUCGCACUAGAAAAGUUUUAUCAGACAACAUAUUACAGCCAUAACAGAGCAGGUUAAACUAGUCUGAAAAGGAAUUUGGCAUUUUGGAAAUUCUGCAUCUUCAAGAUGGCUCUGAACACAGACACCAACCAACCAACUACUGCCCUAAGUGUAGGGCAGGAAGAAGAGCAGCAACAUACUGAACAACUGACUAUUCAACAACCAGAUGAAAGGUCUGGCCAGAUCCCAAUUACCUCUCAGCCAGUAAAGACUGAGGAGCAUCAAGAUCCACCAACUGACUCAGAGUCUGCUCCUGCUCCAGAAAGCUUGGUCCAGUUGAAUGGCCUGGCCAGAGACCACCUGUCAGUCAUCGAUGAAAAGAUGGAAACAAGUAAUGGAGUCUGCCCUAACGCUGUGGAUGCUUCUCCUCCUACCUCUUCCCGUUCUUCUCCACCUCGUCAUCAUAAUUUUAAGGCUGGUCAUGUUCAUGCUAAUGGCCAUGCCCGCCUCGGCAGCCGCUCAGGUUCGAUGUGCCAUGUUGGUUCGCCUCGGCCUUCACUUAGCCGCCAGCCUAGUGCUCUCACUGAGAGUGUCGGAGAAGACACCAAGCCCAACGAUUACCUUUUCCUGGCCAUACUUGCCUGCUUCUGCCCUCUCUGGCCUAUCAACAUCGUCGGCUUGACCUUUUCUGUUAUGUCUCGAUACAGUCUGCAACAAGGGAACGUUGAUGGAGCGCGGCGUCUUGGCCGUAACGCAAAGAUCCUCUCAAUUGUCUCUCUUUUGGGUGGAAUUCUCAUAAUUACUGCUGCCAUCUUCAUCAACUGGGGACGUGAGUUUCACUGAUAUUAAAGUCCUGAGGGUUGCCAUGACAGUCAGACCAAGGAGGAACUUAUGACCAACCAACUGAUCAAAGAUGACCGUCGUCCUCCUUUAACCCCGCAUUUCCACAUAUUACUAAAGCACCUCAAGAUUUAUUUAUCACUUCUUUUCUACUUUGUAUCAGGUUGCUGAGACCAAGCAUCCCCAUUUCAUCUGUAGAAACAAAAUCCGGAGUGAAUACUUCCCCAGCACUUUGAAUGGAGGUAUAAAUGACUGAAGCCAGCGGAAUCGUAACAUGCAUGUUUUAUAGGUUUUUUCCAGCAAAAGGACUAAUUGCUUUUAAAUGAUGUCAGCAAAGCGGCAUUAAUGAUCUCAUUUCCUUUCUAAAGUCCCUGUGUGUGUGUGUGUGUGUGUGUGUGUGUGUGUGUGUGUGUGUGUGUGUGUGUGUGUGUGUGUGUGUGUGUGUGUGUGUGUGUGUGUGACAGAGAGAGAGAGAGAGAGAGAGAGAGAGAGAGAGAGAGAGAGAGAGAAGGAAUAAAAGAGCACAGUGUAUAAUGAAGGCACUUAGAGAAUACAUGAAAGAUGAUAUGUUCCUACCAAGGAUACACACAUUCUGAAUAAUUCUUCAGAUUCUUAGAUAAAGAGAAUAACUAAUACUAAAUAUAAUGGCAGGAAAGAAAAUGGCUGAAAUAUAGAUGAUGAAACAGAGACAGUGGCACGAAAAAACAGGCUGAGAAUCUAAUGAACCCAGCAAGCAGAAUCUCUAUCCAGCAAUUUCUGCUAGACACGAUCGAAAUCCCUGAGGAGAGGACAAUAAAAGAAACUAGCAUGCGCACUCCUACGGUGUGUCUUCUGCUUCGGUUUUCUUUUCUUAAUAUCUAGUUUUAUGUAGUUAUAUCCACAAACUAAUGUUUGGCACAUUAUCAGAGGUGGAUUUCUGAGAGAUAAACCAAUGCAGGUGAACACACACUGAAACACUGACAGCACAGCAUGAGCUUCUUGAACUGAUGACGGUAACUAUAGUGCAUUGAUGCUGUGGAGUAGGAAGAAGGGAGGGGGAGCAGGGCUGAACUGAGCUGCAGUUCUUUGUUUCACACAGAUGGAGAGAUGAGAAGGGGGAGGAUGGGAAGGGGCGAGGGAGGUAGCAAACUGCUGAUGAAAAGAUACUCUAGAGAUGGAGAGAUGCAAGGAAUUGCAGAAGAGAGAGACACCUUCUAAUUGGUCCUGUUUUGUGUGUGUGUGUGUGUGUGUGUGUGUGUGUGUGUGUGUGUGUGUGUGUGUGUGUGUGUGUGUGUGUGUGUGUGUGUGUGUGUGUGUGUGAAAGAGAGAAAGAGGGAGAGAGGGAGAGAGUACAAGGGAGGGUGUAAUGCAGUAUUCCCCUGUACCCUCCCCCUUUCCUUUUCUAGACUUACCAGACCACCACUGCAACCAUGUGAAGAAGAAUUAGUGUUAAUUUAGCAUUUUUUGUCCUUUUUUAAGUUUGUGUAACUGCAUACAAUAGAUCUUAAUGUUUACAAGACCAGUAUCAGCCUGCACAAUCACAUUCUGUAAA